AUGAACUUCAAUGCAACUACUGAAGACACUGUGGUGACAUUCACAUGGGAUCCACCAACUGAAGACAGCCAGAAUGGGGACAUUGUGUCUUAUUAUCUCAGCUGCAGUAUUGGUAGUGCCGUGCAAUUUGAGCUUAAUCUAACGAGUUCUGUGGAAGAGAUAAGUCUUGGAGUGUAUGAGGUAUCGUCCACAUACAGCUGUAGUGUAUCGGCUUCAAACUCAGCAGGACAAGGUCCUACUGCUAGUACAAAUGUAACGACCAGUGACUCCAGCACCCCAGCCUAUCUGCCGUUCAUUCUGUUGGACAGCUUCUACGAAAGCUCGAAUGCAGUAAAUCUCUCUGUUGUAGAUGAUUCUGCAUCCUCAGCCAUCACAUUACCUACGACCUUUCCAUUUGGGGACAUGGACCACACCAGUGCCUAUGUUGGAACCAAUGGAUACAUCACAUUUGGCACCUCUGCAUACAUUGCGUACAGCAACACUGCCUUUCCAGGAACUUCAGGGCAGUAUAUAGUUGCUGCUUUCUGGGAUGACAUUGAUAUUAGAAAUGGUGGCUCUAUCACAUACGAAAUAUUUGAAAGUGGCUAUUUUCUCGAUGAUGUUAAUGAGUACCUCAAGAGAAUAAGGCCGACGUCUUUUGAAGGAACGUGGAUGCUAGUUGCAAGCUUUGAUAAGGUGGAGCCUUAUUCUGGAUCUGGAGAGAACACAUUCCAAAUCAUCAUAAUCAGUGACGGGGAGUUUUCGUACUCCAUCCUCACCUACAAGUGUGGUUUCAUGGAAUGGGACAACAAUGCCAACAUAGGAUACAGUGCAGGAGGUGAUCCAUAUGACAACCAUGACCCCUCGUCCAGCGACGUUGCCUGUGUCAACAGUCCUGACUCUGACUGGAGCAACGUAGUUUAUCUACUGAGUGAUGUUACUCCAGAGAACACACCUCCAGAGGAUCUCGAAGCAACAGAUAUUGCCGGAAGAUCUGUUACAAUUGGAUGGACUGUUGCGAAUCGAAGGGUGAGUCAUGAGUAUCAAGUCCACUAUGGCACAAGUGAAGAUAGUCUGGACGAAAGUAGUAGCACAGUUGACAGUGAGAGUUCUAGCCCUGGAGUUGAUGAAUCCUACGAGGUAGACCUGGCAGGAUUGACUCCUGACACAACCUACUACUAUCAAGUAGAAAUUACUUUUGAGGGCUUUACUUUGGAGAGCGAAACUGCCACAUUUACAACUUUGGAGCUAGCCCCAUCUGGUGCCCCAAUGAACUUUAAUGCUGAUCUGGAUAAUACUGUGGUAAAAUUCACUUGGGAUCCAGUAGCCGAAGACGAGCAAAACGGAGAUAUCGCUUUUUACACUCUUCAGUGUAGCAUUGGAAGCGAACAACAGUUUGCUAUCAAUCUCACAUACACUGUGGAAGAGAUUAGUGUUGGGGUGUAUGAGACCUCUUCAACUUAUACGUGCAAAUUCUCAGCCUCUACUCUGGCAGGAGAAGGACCAACAGCAACAGACACUGUGAUAACCGGUGAUGUAGACGACGACGAAUAUCUGCCCUUCAUUCCUAUUGGUGACACGUAUGAUUCAAAUGAAGUGUACCUGCCACAGUUGGAUGAUAGUGCAUCCUCUGCAAUAUCAAUUCCACUAGAUUUCCCUUUCGGCACUUCCACACAAACAACAGUUUAUGUUGGAACCAAUGGAAUAAUCUCUUUCGGAACAACAGCCUAUACUGCUUAUAGAAAUUCCGCAUUCCCCGGGUCAACAGGACGGUACCUCGUUGCACCCUAUUGGGAUGACAUCGAUAUUGGUAAUGGUGGCAAAAUUUCAUACGAGAGGUUUAAAUCUAGUGCCCUCCUGGAUGAGGUAAAUGCAUACAUCCAGAGGAAAAUACCGACAGAGUUUGAAGGAACUUGGAUGUUGGUUGCAUACUACAAUGCUGUAGAGCCAAACUCGGGUAGUGGAGAAAAUACGUUUCAGGCCAUUCUAAUCACUGAUGGAACAUCAUCAAUCUCGAUUUUCACCUACAAGUGUGGGCUUUUGGAGUGGGACAAUGGUGUUAGUAUUGGCUAUAAUGCUGCCGGUGAUGCUUAUGAUAACUAUGAUCCAUCGUCCAGUGAUAUUGCAUGUGAGAAUGACCCUGGAUCAGAUUGGAACAAUGUACUGUAUUUGCUGAGCGAGAAUGACCCACAACUGACAAUUGUCAAUGCAAAUGCAUUAGAUGUUGGGACAUCUACAACUGAAAUAUCCUGGAGUGUCUCAUUCAUUCCUGAUGGCGAAGAAGUGGAGUUUAUAGUUUAUUAUGGAACAGAUCAGGAGUCACUGAGCAGCACAAGUAACACAGUCACAGCCUCAGAUGACGCAGUCCUGGAUUACGCCGUAACACUAACGGGGCUGAAUUUAGGCAUCGCCUAUUAUUUCAAGGUGGUGGCAACAUACUUAGACUACACCAGAGAGAGCCGUGUGGAAGAUUUCACUACUAAUGAAUUGGUAGAUGACAAGGACAUCUUUGUACAAACUGUAAAAGCCACCCUUCGGGAAUUCUGCUGGGGAGUAUACAAAAGAGAAGCGGCGUAUACUUGUGAGAUAUAUGCCUCAACUGCAGUUGGAACCAAUGGAUACAUCACAUUUGGUACCUCUGCAUACAUUGCGUACAGCAACACUGCCUUUCCAGGGACUUCAGGGCAGUAUAUGAUUGCUGGUUUCUGGGAUGACAUUGAUAUUAGAAAUGGUGGCUUUAUAACAUACGAAGUGAUUGAGUCUGGUGACUUCCUGGAUUUUGUCGAUGCUUAUCUCAAGAGAAAGAGACCAACAACAUUUAGAGCUACCUGGAUGCUGUUAGCAAGCUUUGAAAAAGUGGCACCUUACUCAGGGUUAGAAGAGAACACAUUCCAAAUCAUCAUAAUCAGUGACGGGGAGUAUUCGUACUCCAUCCUCACCUACAAGUGUGGUCUCAUGGAAUGGGACAACAAUGCCAACAUAGGAUACAGUGCAGGAGGUGAUCCAUAUGACAACCAUGACCCCUCGUCCAGCGACGUUGCCUGUGUCAACAGUCCCGACUCUGACUGGAGCAACGUAGUUUAUCAAAUAAGCUCUUCUACACCAGAGGAUCCACCAGCAGAGGAUCUUGAAAUCUCAAAUAUCACCCAUUCCUCGGCUGUGGUAAGCUGGACAGUUCCUUCGCUCUCUACGGCUCAAGACUAUGUUGUCGAGUAUGGAGAAGAUGAAGAUGACCUUGAUCUGUCAACUGAUGCAAUAACCGCGACCGAUACUACACUCCUUUUCGAGGAGUACUCUAUCACACUUGAGGGGUUGUCACAGGGCGUUUUAUACCACGUACGUGUUGCUACAACCGAUGCUGAUGGUGCUACUUUCUACAGUGAGAUUGAAUCCUUCCGUACCAUACAAAGGGUACCGACUGAAGCACCACAAAACUUUUCAGUGAGUGUAAGUGGAUCAUCACUUACCUUUGAGUGGGCUCCACCACCAGAUGAAAUUGACGAACCAUUGACAUCAUAUACACUUGCCUGUAGCAGUGAUAAUGGUGCUGACUUCAACAUUACACUAAAAGGCACCACUGGAACAAUAACAAUUGAUGAAUUCCUUCCAUCCACUGAUUAUGAGUGCACUAUUUUGGCCUCCACUAACGGUGGAGAUGGACCUAUGGCCUCUGUAUCUACCACCACUGAAGAAUCAACUGAGGCCUAUCUCCACUUUCUGAACAUGGACACGGUGUAUGGUGUUAGUGAAGUUGUAGCUGUUCGUGCUGACGAUAGCUAUACUGGGCCAGUGUCAAUUGAUACCAACUUUCCCUUUGGAGACACUACACCGUCACAGUUUUAUGUGGGCACAAAUGGGAUAGUUUCCUUUGGAAGCUCAGCCUAUAAUCCUCAUUCAAACUCUAUAUUUCCGAUUUAUGGGCAAUAUCUUGUGGCACCUUACUGGGAUGAUAUUGACCUACGAUAUGGCAAUGCCAGACUCUCUUACGAAGUUCACGACUCUGGAUUCUAUGUGGAUGAAAUGAGCAGAUUCAUUGCAAGGCGUAGGCCUUCUGAUUUCCAGGGUACAUGGAUGGCCGUCAUACUUUAUGACCGUGUGAGACCAUACCCAGCUGCAAGGAACACAGAGGAAAAUUCGUUCCAAGUGAUUUUAAUCACUGACGGAACAUACUCAUAUGCCGUGUUCACUUACAACUGUAACUAUAUGGAGUGGAGUGGUAGUGCUACCAUAGGUUUCACUGCUGGAAGUGGGAAUUACAACAACCACGACCCAUCUAGCAGUGAUGUUGCUUGCCUCAACUUUCCUGAUUCAAACUGGACAAAUAUUGUCUACCAACUGAGCAGUGACUCUUCAGAAUUUCCCAUACCAAACAAUGUCAAGCUGUCCAUGCUGAAAACAACUUCAGUCAACAUAACCUGGAACAUACCAUCCAUAGCUGAGAUGGAGGAGUACAUUGUGCAGUAUGGCGUGGAGUCUGACAACCUCAAUUUGACAAGCUUGACCGUCGAUAGUGUCAGUGACACAACCCUGGAGAACCAGACCUAUUCUGUGGUACUGGAUCAGCUUGAGAAUGGAACAAUAUACUAUGCUCAAGUGUUGGCUCAGUAUGGCUUUGGUAAUCUGUUCAAAAGAUACAGCGACACUAUAACACUUAGAACUCUUGAGGAUGAACAAACUGCUUACCUGCCAUUCCUGAACCAUACUGACACAUACAUCAACACCAGUUCCCUUGAGCAGUGUGAUGACUGCACAUCAGGGGAUAUCAGUCUUCUUAUUGAUUUUCCACUCGGAGAUUACAUUCACCAAAUUGCAAUUAUUGGUACAGACGGUUGGAUUGCAUUUGGUCAGUCUGUUGAAGAUGCUACCCCAGAAACCUUCCCUCCGACAUCUGCUGACAUCUUCUGGACAUAUCUCAUUGCACCAUUCUGGGGAAACCUAACUUCCAGCACUGGUGGACUUGUGUCAUGGGAAAUACACAAUCGUACACUUUCUCCAGACAUGUUUGACUUAGUCGAUGACUUCAUCAAGGAAGAGUAUGGAGAUGGCUCUUUCAAUGGGACAUGGAUGCUCAUUAGCUUCUGGGAAGAUCUGGUAGCAUCAGAAACAAACUCAAAUAACAAUACCUUCCAAGCCAUCCUGGUCACAAACGGCACUCAGUCAUAUGCUGUUUUUACAUAUGAGUGUGGCAAACUCGACUUUCCCAACUUGGCAGUGAUUGGGUAUUACGUGCCACUGGGACCAUACCAGAUACACCCACUGUCAGACACUGACGUUGCACCAGACACAAUUGCAUGUGUCCACUUGAAUUCAGUAUGGAAGAACAUUGUGUACGACUUGACUCCAGACAAGAACACAGUCUUCACUGUCACCCCAGAGCCUUCCAGUUUCAUUGGAAGCUGUGUUGAUGCGGGUUAUAGUGAGUGCUGUGAAGGGGAUGACUGCUCUGGUUCACCAGCUGAUUGCCAGUGUGGUGCAAUCUGCCAUGGCACUGGGGAUUGCUGCUAUGACAUAGACCUCACUUGUCCCAACGGAACAGCAGUGCUGUACGACAUUUUUGUAGCUAACGGAGAAUUUAUUCACCAAAUACUCUCUGAUGGAGGUGAAGUUGUGACGUACAGUGGUGAAACGAUUGAAGCUGCAACUGGACUGGACUUUUUGUUCAAUUCAUCUGUGGGGUUUUGGUCGGACACUGCACAAGACAAAAUAUAUCAAGCGAACCUGAAUGGGUCCAACGUUGAAGAACUUAUCAAUUCCAGUAUCCUUGCCGUAGAUGACCUUGCUGUUGAUUGGAUAUCAAAUAAACUCUACUGGGUUGAUGCUGUGUGGGCAAGAAUUGAAGUCCUUGACCUGGAGACAUACUACAGAGCAGAGGUCCUCCGUACUGGUCCCAAUACACUCCCCAGAGCUAUUGCAGUGGAUCCAGAAUCAAGGUUCAUGUUCUGGACGGAUUGGGCUGAAAAUGCAAAGAUAGAGCGAUCCUUUAUGGACGGCAAUGACAGACGUACACUGAUCAGUUCCAGCCUUUCACAACCAAAUGGCAUCACCAUUGACUACUACUCACAAAAGAUAUACUGGUCUGACUCUGACCUAGACAAGAUAGAGUACUCCAACUAUGAUGGAUCUGGUCGCACUGCUCUUGAAACCAUGGAGAGUGGACUAAACUAUCCCUUCUCCUUGACAGUUGCCAAUAAUCUUCUCUUCUGGACUGACCUCACCACCAAUAAAGUCUAUGUGACGCACAAAGUCCAUGGUUCAGACACUGGCAAUGGUUAUUUUGCAACUCUUGCACUGUUUCCAUCCUCUCCAUAUGGCAUAGAAGCAAUCCUAUCUAGUCGUCAGAAGUAUGUUGAAAAUCCUUGUGAGGCCAGCAACUGCAGUCACAUAUGUCUCCUGAAUGAUCUGGAAGAUGGCUUUUCAUGUGUGUGUGCAGAAGGGUAUGGCAUUUUAUCAGAUGGACGCUCUUGCAAAGUGCUGGAUGAUUCUGAACUGCCACCAACUGAAGGGUCAUGUCUUGAGGCUGGCUACAACAUCUCAGAUACCUGCUGUAGUUCAGGUCACUGCUCUGGCAUUCCUGCAGUCUGUAGCUGUGACUUGGAGUGCUAUGAGAGAGGAGACUGUUGCAGUGAUAUUGGAGAAUCCUGUACUGAAGGCAUACCAGUGGUACCCUCAGAUGUAUCAGUGGAUGAUAAUAUUACAGCAAUGUCUGCUAAUAUUUCUUGGACAAUUGCAUCCGUUGGUAUUGCCCAAGAGAGGUACACAGUGAAGUAUGGCCGUAAUAUGAGUGACUUGAAGCUAGCUUCUGAGACACUGAGCAGUCGUGGGGAAACACUAACAAAUCAAACCUAUUCUGUAUUACUGGAGGAUCUAGUGGGUGCAACAACCUACUACUACCAAGUUGUUUCAAAGAAUGAAUUCUCAUCAUCAAGUACUGACAUUUAUUCCUUUACCACAGCAGAGGGAGCUCCUUCUGGACCACCACUUAACUUCAAUGUUAGCAUCAACAGGACAACUCUUGAGUGUUCCUGGAGCCCUCCAGCUGAGGAUAGCCGCAAUGGAAAUAUCACCUCGUACACAUUGUUGUGUGUGGUGGACGAUGAGACAGUCUUCAAUGAAACUCUGUCCUCGACUAUGGAGAGUUUUGAUAUCAAUAUGUACGCUCCUAACACUACCUACGUAUGCAGCAUUUAUGCAUCAACUGCUAUCGGAGACGGACCGUCAUCCAAUAACAUCACUGUUACAACAACCGACGAUGUGGACUUCCUGAUGGUCCUGCCAUUCAUUCCAAUUGAAGACACCUACAUCUUUGAUGUAGUGACACUUGAAGAGACUGAUGAUGGAGGAUCUGAUGAAAUCGGAACAGAGUUUCCAUUUGGUGAUGAAUCUCUCAGCAGUAUUUAUGUUGGCACAAAUGGGCUAAUAUCGUUUGGGAGCUUUUACAAUAACUUCUUCAACCAAGAGUUCCCUGGAAGUGUUUCUGAUAGCUACCUAGUGGCUCCAUUCUGGGAUGAUGUUGACAUCAGGGGAGGAAAUGGAGUGAUAUCAUACGAAAUUCAUAGCUCUGGGUAUUACUUGGACCAUGUGAGUGGCUAUAUCCAGGCUAUUGCACCAUCUGCCUUUAAGGGGACGUGGAUGCUUGUGGCUUACUGGGAUGCAGUCCAUCCCUACAUUGGUUCAGACAACGCUGAGGAGAACACCUUCCAAGCGAUUGUUAUCACCGAUGGAGAAUAUUCCUAUACUGUGUUUACAUACAUGUGUGGUCUCAUGGAAUGGGAUAAUGGUGCUACCAUCGGCUUUAUUUCUGCUGGGGGUCGAUAUGCCAACAACAACCCAUCGUCUUCAGAUGUAGCCUGUGAGAACAGCCCUGAGUCAAAAUGGAGCAACGUUUUGUAUCGUCUGAGUAAUGCUAACCCCGAAUAUCCCCCUCCUGAUGAUGUGGAGGUAUUAGACAUAAACGUAACCUCAGCAGUCAUAAGCUGGACAGUAGAAUAUGUGUUGGAGCAGCAGCAAUACUAUCUACUAUAUGGGUUCGAUGAAACCACGCUGAAUGAGACGUCUUACUCUAUUCUUGGGAAUAGUAACACUUCCUUUAGGGAUUUGACCUACAACAUCACACUGGAUGGUCUUACAACAGGAGAUACCUACUAUGUUGUUAUCGUGGCCAGCUAUGGCUUUACUACCCUCUACAGUGAACCUGUCUCAUUCACCACAAGAGAGCCAACACCAAGAGGACCACCUUUGAACUUUAAAGUAAUUCCCAGACGCACUGGGCUCUAUUUCCUCUGGGAUCCUCCAGAGGGUAGCAUCGCCAUACUCUCAUACACCAUUACUUGCUACAUAUCCAGUGACCUGGCAAUCAAUGUCACCCUCAACCCAGUCAACUCUAUUACCCUUGAUGAGUUCAUGCCCCAUACAACCUACACUUGCAGUAUGUAUGGCUCAUCAUCUGGUGGAAAUGGUCCAAUGACUAACAGAGUUAAUAUCACUACCGAAGAUGACAUGGGAGAUGUGUACCUUCCCUUCAUCUCACUGGAUACUUUGUAUGGGGUUGAUCAGGUGUUUCUAGAUCGCCAAGAUGAUGGAACGUCACAAGAAAUCAGUAUAGGAAACACAAACGGUUUCCCUUUUGGAGCAUCUAAUCAAACCCGACUUUAUGUGGGUACAAAUGGACUACUGUCGUUCAACUUCGCAUACAAUCCAUUCAGUAACGAGGUAUUCCCUGGAGGUUCUGACACUAGUAGUCGAUAUUUGGCAGCACCUUUCUGGGAUGACACAGACAUCAGCAGUGACGAGGUGGGGGAAAUCUCUUAUGAAAUCCAUGAGUCUGGCUACUAUCUGGAGCAAGUGACUGAUUUCCUGAGGAGAAAGAGACCCUCUAGCUUCAUUGGAACGUGGAUGCUGGUUGCAUACUGGGACUCUGUGCGUCCUUUCCCGGGAUCUUCUUCAACAGCGGAGAACUCAUUCCAAGCAAUCCUGAUCACCGAUGGGACAAAUUCCUACAGUAUAUUCACAUACGACUGCAGUAGGACUGAAUGGGGCAGCAGUGUUACAAUUGGGUUCAGUGCUGCUGGUGAGCCUUACGCCAACCACGAUCUCUCAUCAUCCGACAUUGCUUGUCUAAACACUCCCGAUUCAAACGUUGCCAAUGUUAUUUACCAACUGAGUGACAUGAAUCCUGAAAUUUCUCUGCCAGAACUUACACAACUGGAUAUAAUGGUGACUUACGUUAACAUCAGUUGGAUUAUACCAAGUUUCAUAGAGGAAGAGGAAUAUUACAUCAUAUAUGGCUUGGACUCAGACAAACUUGAAUUCAUAAGUGACUCGAUCGAGAGUGUUUCCAAUGUUUCACUUGAGAACCAGACAUACUCUCUAGUUGUCGGUGGCCUAGAAGCUGCAACUAUCUACUAUGGUCAAAUUGUUGCUGCCUUUGGAGGAAUGAGCCUGGAAUACAAGCGGUACAGUAACAUGUUUGUCUUCCGCACCAAAGAAAACGAGCAAGCCACCUAUCUGGAAUUUCUGCCUCAUGUUGAAACAAGUAGUGCCAGUGGGACCUUGCUAUUCUGUGAUGAUUGCACUUCCCCUGAAAUAUCCUUUCCUGAUGAUUUUCCAUUCGGAGGGUAUUUUCACGACAGUGCCUAUGUAAGCACCGAUGGUCUGGUAUCAUUUGGGAGACCUUUCACGAGUAGCUCUCCUGAGAUUUUCCCGUCGACAAUAAGUGAUGUCUUUUGGCGAUACACGGCAGCGGCAUUCUGGGCUGACUGGGACACCUCUGACAUGGGUGUGGUGUCUUGGGAACUCCACACCAGUGCAGAGUCUGGGUACUUGUUGGAUCAAGUGGACUCACUGAUUCAAGUGGAGUAUGGCGACAACAAUUUCACGGGAGCGUGGAUGCUUGUUGCUAUCUGGGAAAACGUGACAAGUAACAGUAGCCUCUUUGAGAGCACCUUCCAAGAGAUACUGAUUACAAACGGUACAAAGUCAUAUGCUGUCUAUACAUACAAGUGUGGAGAACUGAGCUGGUUGGACAGUGCCACCAUUGGAGCUAAUGCACCGGCAGAUUUCUUCUUCAAUCAUCCUCUGACCAGUGAAGGUCUUUCACCGGAUGAAAUAGCCUGCGUACACCUCCAGUCAGUCUGGAACAAUGUGAUAAUUGACCUAGAGCCAAACCCGUUGAUUCUCCCAUCGACGCCAAAACCAUUUAGCUUUGUUGGUUCAUGUGUAGCAGCUGGUUUCACUGAGUGCUGCUUUUUUGACUGCUCAGGAUUUCCUUCUGACUGCAGUUGUGAUGAUUUUUGUCGAAAGGUAGGAGACUGUUGUUACGAUAUUGACGAAACUUGUCCGAGAGAACCAAAUGUAACAGAGUUUAACAUACUAGUAGCCAAUGGUUUCUAUAUUCACCAAAUUCACUUUGAGGGAAACAGCUCUGAUCUUAUACUCACUAACACAUCUGGAACUGCAGUUGGAAUUGACUUCAGUUAUGAGGAUGAAUUCAUGGUAUGGUCUGACACAGAUAAUGAUGUCAUCUACAGAGCAGAACUGGAUGGAAGUCUACAAGAAGUACUUGUGGAUAGAAAUAUCAAUGCUGUUGAUGACUUGGCUGUUGACUGGGUGUCCAGUAAUGUGUACUGGGUCGAUGCUGCAUGGGCAAGAAUUGAAGUGAUUGAUCUGCGCAGACGCUAUCAGGCAGAAGUACUUCGGACUGGACCAAACACAUAUCCAAGAGCUAUUGCUGUUGAGCCAUAUAUGAGGUUUAUGUUCUGGACUGAUUGGGGGGAAGUUGCCAAGAUUGAGCAAGCUUUCAUGGACGGCAGUAGAAGACGUACUAUUGUAGACACAGGUCUCUCUCAGCCAAAUGCUGUAACAGUUGACUACAUAGCUGAGAAGAUCUACUGGGCAGAUUCAGACCUGGACAAGAUAGAGUAUGCCAACUAUGACGGAUCCGAGAGAAUGACUUUAGAGACAGAAGAUGCUGGGUUGGGAUAUCCAUUCAGUCUGACUAUUGCUGGAGAUGUCUUGUAUUGGACUGACUGGGACACUAACACACUCUACGCUACUCAUAAACAGUAUGGGGUGGAAACCAGUGAGGGACUUUUCACAGAGAUUGCCGUUUUCACCUCAACUCCAUAUGGCAUUGAGGCACUUGAGAGUAGCAGACAAGGGCCAGCUAACGAUACCUGUGAAGGCAUUGGCUGCAGUCAUGUGUGUGUCAUGAGCGAUGUUGGCUAUACAUGUCUGUGUCCAUAUGGCUUUUCACUUGAAGAAGAUCUACACACCUGCAAAGUGGACAAUACUGCCGGUUCAGGAGGGGUCCCACUGGAGGGUUCUUGUAUUGAGGCUGGCUACAACAGUAGCUGUUGCGAACAUGGCUACUGUGCGGGGUACCCAUUCACUUGUUUCUGUGACAGAUAUUGCCAUGAGCGCAGAGACUGUUGUGGUGAUAUUGAUGAUACAUGCCCACAAAGUGCUCCAGUAGUGGCAACAAAUGUGAUGGCAGUGAAUGUUACUGGAAGAACUGCUGUGAUCAUGUGGACCAUCUCAAGAGUUAUAUUCACUCCAGAGGAAUAUGUAGUGUAUUACAGCCUAAGCUCAGACUCCCUCACAAUGACAUCAGAGGUAUUGUAUGGUUCAGAUCUUGAAGCUGUCAGUGUAACAUACAAGGUCACAUUGAGUGAACUAGAGCAACUGUCAACCUAUUAUUACCAAGUUGUGUCUUCAAACUCUCUCUCUUCUUCAUCAACUGCUGUUCUGAACUUCACAGCUAUACAAGAUGCGCCCAGUGGUACACCUACUAACUUUUCAGUCACUGUGGACAUGACCAGACUCACAUUUACCUGGAGUCCACCAGAGCAGGCCACACAGAAUGGAGAUAUCAUUUUCUACUCUUUAUCUUGCACUACUAGUGGCAAUGAAAAUGCUGUUGAGCUGACACUAAAAGCAACUGUGUUUGAAAUGAAUGUAGACCUAUUCAGACAUGCAACAACCUAUACUUGCUCAAUAGCAGUAGCCAAUUCAGUGGGAAUCGGUCCAUCAAGCACUCUUGAUGCAACAACUGGAGAUCUGCUAAUGAUUUUCAGCUACCUCCCAUUUAUUCCACUGGGUGUUGAGUAUGGUUCCAGUGUUACAACACUUCCUGAAUCUGAUGAAGGAACAUCAGAUGCAGUUAUUCUCCCUUUAAACACCAGCUUUCCCUUCAGCGAUUCUCUGCAGACUAAAUUUUUUGUUGGUACAAACGGCUUGAUCUCAUUUGGAACUGCAUACAGCAGCUUUGUCAUUCAGAGGUUUCCGGGCUCAGUAUCUUCUCGCUACCUCGUAGCUCCAUUCUGGGAUGAUGCCGAUACCAGAGGAGGAAAUGAAGUGGUUUCCUAUGAGAUAUAUGACUCUGGCUAUUUUCUGGAUCACAUAAGUGCAUUUGUGAGAUUCCAGAGACCAUCAGACUUCCAAGGAACAUGGAUGGCUGUGGUCUACUGGGAUGCAAUACACCCAUACAUUGGAGUAGAUAGUCCUGAGGAAAAUACUUUUCAAGCGAUUCUGAUCACUGAUGGAACUACCAGUUACACUGUGUUUACCUACAAAUGUGGACUGUUGGAAUGGGGUAGUGGUGCAACCAUAGGCUUCAAUGCUCCUGGAGGCUUCUAUGACAACCACGAACUGUCAUUUCCCAACUUGGCCUGUGUGAAUCAACCCAUCUCAGUGUGGAGUAACAUUUUAUACCUCCUGAGCAACGACAGCUCAGAGUUUGAAGUACCACGAGAUGUCACUGUGGCCAGCAUUACCACAAACAGUGCCUUAGUAUCGUGGACCGUUCCCUCAGUCACUCAGCCACAAGAAUACUAUAUCAUCUAUGGAAGUAUCCAGUACAACCUCAUUCUACAAACAGCCAGAGUCAGGGGAAACACUGACACUUCCCUGGUAAACCUGACUUAUUCCACCUCUCUGCAAAGCCUGGAUUCGGGAACUGGGUAUUUUCUGGCAGUUGUGGCCGAGUUUAGUUCUACCAUUCUUCUUAGUGAUAUUGCAUCUUUCACUACAGUUGAAAUUGCACCGGAAGAUCCACCUAAAAAUUUCACAAUUGCUGUUGACGGACUCUCCUUACAUUUCUCCUGGGAACCUCCGUCAGAGGACUUGCUAGUACUGUCCUACACACUAUCCUGUUCUGUCAGAAGGGAAAUAGAGCUCACUGCCAAUGGUGGAAACGGACCGCCCACAGACGAGAUUCUAGCCUCUACUGAGAGUGUGGCCAGAAAUCAGGUGUACUUGCCAUUCAUCCCGAUGGGUGUAACCUAUGGAGUAGAUGAGACCGUACUCCCUGAUUCCAACAACGGAACAUCUGAUGGCAUUGUCAUACCCAUCAAUUUCCCAUUUGGAAAUUCUAACCAAACUCAGUUCUAUGUUGGUGUAAAUGGACUUUUGUCAUUUGGCACUGCCUAUGGCUAUUACUUCAACCAACCAUUUCCUGACUUUUCACGAUACCUAGUGGCUCCAUUCUGGGAUGAUGUUGAUACAGGUGGAGGGAAUGGGAGAAUCUCCUACGAAAUACAUGAGACGGGGUACUUUCUCGAGCAAGUAAACACAUACUUGAAGCAGAAGAGGCCUUCAAACUUUCAAGGAACGUGGAUGUCUGUGGUGUUCUACGAUGCAGUUCAUCCUUAUCUGGGCACAGUUAACCCAGAGGAAAAUACUUUUCAAGCCAUUUUGAUUACUGAUGGAAACUACUCAUACACAAUCUUUACGUACAAAUGUGGUCUGAUGGAGUGGGACAAUGGAGCUACCAUUGGAUUCAAUGCUGCUGGGAACCCCUAUGACAACCACCGUCCCUCUUCUUCCGAUAUUGCCUGUCUCAGCAUGCAGUUCAGUGACUGGAGCAAUGUCGACUACCUUCUCAGCAACGAGAACCCAGAAAUCCCAGUACCAAGGGAAGUAUCCAUUGAAAACAUCACCACAAUGAAUGCUCUAAUCUCGUGGGUUAUUCCGAGAUUCACCCAAGCCGAGGAAUACUACAUUCAGUACGGGACAGAGGAAACUUUGUUGGACAUGGAGACUGAGUCCAUUCCAAGUCCAAUGGAUACAAUGCUAAUGAACCAAAUGUACUCAACAUCACUGAUAGGCUUGAGGCCCAGUACAACAUACUACUUCCGAGUCAUUGCAGUGUUUGACGAGUUUGUUGCAAGAUACAGUCAAAUAUUGUCAUUUAGGACAUAUGAUGAAGAACAAGUCAUUUAUCUGCCAUUCCUGAACCAUACUGAUACCUACAUUAGCAGUGGAACCCUGAACUUCUGUGAUGAUUGCAACUCAAUUGAAAUCAUGUUUCCAAACAGUGUACCUUUUGGGGGCUCUUUUCAUCAGUCUGCUUAUGUUUCAACCAAUGGACUGAUCUCAUUUGGAAGGAGCAUUUCUAUCUCAGAACCCCAGCUCUUUCCCACCUCGUCACCAGAAGUGUACUGGGGCUAUGUACUGGCUCCGUUCUGGGCCGACUUGGACACAAUCGAGAAUGGAAUAGUGUCGUGGGAACUUCACGAUGUCAGUCACUCACCGCUGCUGCUGGAUAGAGUGAAUGAGUUUAUUCAAACCUUGGAGGGUACUAAUUUCACAGGAUCACUGAUGUUGGUAGCAUUCUGGGAGAAUGUCACUCAAUAUGGCAACACUUUUCAGUCUGUUGUUAUAACUGAUGGUAUAAAGUCUUACUCUGUGUACACGUACAAGUGUGGAGAGCUGACAUGGCCAAAUACAGCGACCAUUGGUUAUAACAUACCACUAAUGGACCCUGUUAAUAGUCCACUGAGUGGUACCAGUGCAGACUCAGUGGCCUGUAGACACCUGUACUCUUUGUGGAACAACAUUGUCUACGACCUUCAGCCUGGCAACACAAUAUUGCCAACAACCCCCAUGCCUUCAAACUUUCUCGGGAGCUGUGUUGAGGCUGGGUACACAGAGUGCUGUGAAGGUUUGGAUUGCCUUGGCUCCCCAGACGAUUGCUACUGUGAUACUGAUUGUUUGGGAUUUAAUGACUGCUGCUACGAUUUUAUGGAAACUUGUCCAAAUACAACAGCACCGACUGCUUAUGAUCUGUUGGUUGCAACUGGUUCAUCACUGGCUACUGUCCACUACCAGGGGACUGAGUCAAACGUACUACGUAUGAACUUCUCAGAGAAUACUCUGGCUGUUGACAUCAACUUCCAGAAUUCAAAGGUGUACUGGUCUCACACUGAUUUGGACUACAAUGUUCCGGCCAAAAUUUACUCUGCAAAUAUUGACGGAUCAGGAGAAGAGGUUCUGGUAGAUACCAACCUCCUCUAUGUCAGUGACAUUGCUGUGGACUGGAUUGGAGGGAAUUUGUACUGGGUGGACAGUUCCUGGGCCAGAAUAGAGGCAAUGCAUCUUGACAACCUCAACAGAACUGAGAUCUUGAGGACUGGUCCCAACACUAACCCAUCUGCAAUUGCAGUUGAUCCCCUUUCGAGAUACAUGUUUUGGACUGACCUUGGUGUGAUGCCACAAAUCGAGUGUGCUUCUAUGGAUGGGAGUGACCGGCAUGUCGUCAUUAGCAGUAGUAUCUCGCACCCAGUUGGAAUUACCAUUGACUACAAUGAACAGAGGAUCUAUUGGUCGGAUUCAGAACUAUACCGACUUGAGUACUGUGACUACGACGGAAGAAAUCGCUUUAUUGUGGAGACAGACGCCAGUGGACUGCUGUACCCAUUUGCUCUAACAGUUGCCAACAAUGACCUGUUCUGGACUGACUGGGUCACUGACUCCAUUUAUGCAACACACAAGCAGCACGGUUCAGCUGGCAACAACGGUUACUUCAAGACAGUUGCAACUUUCUCCUCUGAUCCAUUUGGAAUUGAGGCUCUCUUAGAAAGCAGACAGCAGCCAGGUGAUAACCCAUGCGAAAACAGCACCUGCAGUCACAUUUGUGUUCUGAGUAGCACGGAUGACAGGGGCUAUGUCUGUCUUUGUCCAGAGGGCUAUACCCUAGCACCUGACUACUUUAGCUGCAGAGCUAUGAAUGACUCUGAUAUGAUGCCACCUGACCAAGGAACUUGCACCGCUGCUGGCUAUACCUCUUGCUGCACCCACGGCUACUGUGCGGGAUACCCUCCCACGUGUUUCUGUCAUCCUGACUGUACUGAAGGCUCCUUGGGUUGCUGCAGUGACUUCAUGGACAUAUGCCCACCAGAGCCUCCACUUCAGCCUACAAAUGUGGUUACAAUUGUCUAUUCCACCUCUGCACAAGUGUAUUGGACUGUUCCAAGAACAGUAUUUGGCUUUGAGGCUUACUCCAUUGUAUACGGAUUGGUGGAAGACAACCUGGGAAUGCAGACCGACAUAAUAGCAGGGGUGUUGGACCCACCAAAUGCCACUUACGUGAUAUUGCUGGAGAGCUUACAACCCCUCACAAUGUACUACUUUGCUGUAAGGGCUGAAAACCUUGCAGGAGUGACAUUCAGUGAAACUUACAACUUCACGACAAUUGCUGAGACAUCUUCAGUAGUGGUCACACCUAGCACAAGGGAGCUCCCAACAAGUAGCACAGCUGGGGUCAUGUCAACUGCAAGCCAGCCUCAAGUGACUAGUAACACUAUUGUACCAUCUUCAACACAAACUGGAAGGAACACUGACACUACAGCAACAACAAGCCUCUCACAAGUUCCUACCGCAUCACCUACUUCCUCGCAUACAACAGGGAUCACUGACACAACUGUACAACCUCAAGCUCCCACUUCUACUACUGCCACUGAAACCGUGUCUGCGAGUGAAGGACGCACUAGUUCAUCAACAACACCUGUGAUAUCACCAGUACAAACACCAAGUACUACUGGGGCUGUGCCAUCUGUCCAGCGGCCGUCAAUGCAGCCAUCUCAACAACCAUCUCCAUCUGCACCAACCUCGCAGCAACAGGCACCACCAUCCACAGCAUCUCAGCCUUCCACAACAAUGUCCCUUACAAGCUCAGUCUCCCAGGAGUCACCUGCCUCAACAACAGACCGAGGGUCCAUACCAGCAGGGCCAACCACUGUACCACCAACAACUAACACUGAGACAAUGACUCCAGGAUCGACCCCUGUUGAGACACAAACACCUUCUGUCAUUGAAGAAAACAGUGUAAAAGUGACUCUAGCCGACUACAACGAAAAGAAUUUCACUGCUGAUGUUCAACUACUCUUCAAAAAGGCAACAGCGGAAGCAGUCAACGAGUACUGUUCAAAAUACGGUUGUCAAACUGUCACCAAGAAAGAGCUACUACAAAUAGACAGCAAUGAUGUUGGAUUCCUUGACAUGUUUGACAGCAGUGACGGCAUAUCUGUUGUAAUUUAUGUUGUCACUGCGACCGGUGAAGUCAUGGAUGGCGACUCUCUUCUAGCAAGCAUCCAGAAUGGGUCUGACAUCUACAAGAACUACGGUUUCAGUUCGGUGGUUGUUGAAAGGGUGUCUGGUGGCGAGCCACAAGGUGGUGGAGAUGCUAGCAGCUCUGGAGGUCUCUCUACUGGAGCAAUUGCUGGCAUCGUCGUUGCUGCUCUGCUAGUGACUGCUGCAGUUGUCGUAACAGCCGCAUUCCUCUUCUACCGUAUCCGCAAGACAGGGCUUUACAAGGUCAAUGGAUUAGCUGGUGGAUAUGAUAACCCAACUGCAGAGAGGUUUUUCGAGUUUGGGAUCAAUACAUCUGACGAUGAAGUGAAGAAAAACCCACUUUAUGAAGAGGCUGAAGGAAAGCUGUAACCCUAUUACGAUAUUAUUAACUAUUAGUGGCGAGCAAAGCUAGCCGAUCUAGUUGUCGUGCUUCUAAGUGUAUAUAUUAUGCUAUUAAUGUUUUUAUCCACAAUG